AUGGAUACCAUGCAUUACUCCAAAAUUGACCUAACAAGGCAGAGUCCAAGAGACAGCGAGACGGUCGGUGUUCCGAAGUCCAAGAGACAGCGAGACGAUCGGUGUUCCGAAGUCAAAGAGAUAACGAGAAGGCGGGUAUUCCAAGCUCAAAUAGACAGCGAGACGGCAGGUAUUCCAAAGUCCAAGAGACAGCGCAACGGUCGGUGUUCCGAAGUCAAAGAGACAACGAGAAGGCAGGUAUUCCAAAGUCAAAGAGACAGCGAGAAGGCAGGCAUUCCAAAGUCCAAGAGACAGCGAGACGGUCGGUGUUCCGAAGUCAAAGAGACAGCGAGACGGUUGGUGUUCCGAAUUCAACGAGACAACGAGAAGGCAGAUAUUCCAAGGUCAAAGAGACAGCGAGAAGGCAGGUAUUCCAAAGUCAAAGAGACAACAGCGAGACGGCAGGUAUUCCAAAGUCCAAUAGACAACGAGAAGGCAGGUAUUCCAAAGUCCAAGAGACAGCCAGACGGCAGGUAUUCCAAAGUCCAAGAAACAGAGAGACGGUUGGUGUUCCGAAGUCGAAGGGACAAUGAGACGGUAUUCCAAGGUCAAAGAGAAGGCGAGACGGCAGGUAUUCCAAAGUCAAAGAGACAGCGAGACGGUCGGUGUUCCGAAGUCAAAGAGAUAGAGAGACGGCAGGUAUUCCGAAGUCAAAAGGACAAUGAGACGGCAGGUAUUCUAAAGUCAAAGAGACAUCGAGAUGACAGGUAUUCCAAGGUCAAAGAGAAGGCGAGACGGCAGGUAUUCCCAUGUCAAAGAUACAGUGAGACGGUCGGUGUUGCAAAGUCAAUGAGACAGCGAGACGUCAGGUAUUCCCAGGUCAAAGAGACAGCGAGACGGCAGGUAUUCCAAAGUCCAAGAGACAUCGAGAUGGCAGGUAUUCCAAGGUCAAAGAGAAGGCGAGACGGCAGGUAUUCCAAAGUCAAAGAGACAGCGAGACGGUCGGUAUUCCAAAGUCAAAUAGACAGCAAGACGGCAGGUAUUCCAAAGUCCAAGAGACAGCGCGACGGUCGGUGUUUCGAAAUAAAAGAGACAACGAGAAGGCAGGUAUUCCAAAGUCAAAGAGACAGCGAGACGGCAGGUAUUCCAAAGUCCAAGAGACAGCGAGACGGUCGGUGUUCCGAAGUCAAAGAUAUAGCGAGACGGUUGGUGUUCCGAAGUCAACGAGACAACGAGAAGGCAGGUAUUCCAAGGUCCAAGAGACAGCGAGAAGGCAGGUAUUCCAAAGUCCAAGAGACAGCCAGACGGCAGAUAUUCCAAAGUCCAAGAGAUAGCGAGACGGUUGGUGUUCCGAAGUCAAAGGGACAAUGA